AAAGAGUUACAUGUGUCAAUCUGGACAAUUACUGUAUGUACCUAGGUAUUUAUCGAUAAGAGACCCAUAGCAGGACAGAUCGCGGGGUUACCUUAGAGGGGCACUCGAAAAAAAAUAUUCUUUUUACUUUGGACUUGUCCUUCGCAUACCACCCAAUUACGAAGAAUCGCCUAUUUAAAACCUAUCUACCUCAAUAAUCGUUUCUAGACAAACCAACAACAACACAUAUUUCAGAAUAGGAAGACAUAAUGUCAAAACGAACAGCGGAAGCUGGGGACGGAAACACUCCUCUCAAGGGAGGUGACCGUCCCGAACCUAUGGACAUAGACGAUAAGGAAAUGGGCGAUUUCGAAGAUGAAUUCGAGGACGAGUUCGAAAGCGAAGACGAAAUAUUCGAAGCUGGUGUCGACGGUCGACCUGACGCCGAACGCGAAGCAGAAGAAAAAGCUGCUGGUGCUAUGGAUGUCGACAACGGAACCUUCAUCGUUGGGCGCAAUAAACUUGAGGCUGGUCAACAUCUUGCGCCUGACGUGGGAACCUACGAAAUGCUUCACAACCUUAGCACGCCUUGGCCCUGCCUAUCCUUCGACAUUAUCCGCGAUGGACUUGGUGAUAAGCGAGAAAAGGCUUACCCUGCAACCAUGUACACUGUCGCCGGUACUCAAGCCGAGAGUACUCGCGCGAAGGAGAACCAAAUAAUGGUCAUGAAGUUCAGUGGUCUAAGUCGCAUGCAAAAAGACGAUGAUGACUCCGAGUCCGACGACGACGACGAAGACGAAGACGCCGACCCUAUCCUCGAGUCCAAAGCCAUCCCGCUGACCUCGACUACAAAUCGCAUUCGAAGCCACCAAAUUCCUUCCUCAGAUCCCUCGAAACCUCCUACCACCCUCACUGCGACAAUGACCGAGUCGACUAACGUCUUCAUACAUGAUGUUACCCCCCACCUAGCAUCAUUCGACAGCCCCGGCACGAUCAUUACACCACAGCAGAACAAGCCACUCUCUACAAUCCGUGCUCACAAAUCCGAAGGCUACGCGCUCGACUGGUCGCCUUUGGUACCUGGUGGUAAACUUCUUACUGGUGAUAACGACGGAUUGAUAUACGUAACGACGCGAACAGACGGUGGGGGCUGGGUUACGGAUACAAGGGCGUUCCAGGGUCACACGAACAGCGUAGAAGAGAUACAGUGGAGUCCACAAGAGGCGUCAGUAUUCGCAUCGGCAUCUAGUGAUGGCACAGUCCGCGUCUGGGAUGUGCGAAGUAAGAGCCGAAAACCCGCCAUUACAGUCCAGGUCAGCUCUACCGAUGUCAAUGUCAUGUCGUGGUCGAGACUUACGACACAUUUACUCGCGACUGGUGCCGAUGAUGGUGUGUGGGGAGUAUGGGAUCUGCGACAGUGGAAGGGAGGGGCGCAGAAGCCUAGCCCGAUUGCAAGUUUCAACUACCACAAGGAGCAGAUCACCAGCGUAGAGUGGCAUCCUACAGAUGAUAGCAUGGUCGCUGUCGCCGCGGGAGACCACAAGGUUACGCUGUGGGAUCUGUCAGUGGAGUUGGAUGACGAGGAAAGUAAGGAUACUGCGGGUGUUAAGGAUAUGCCGCCUCAGCUUCUCUUCGAACAUAUUUCCGAACACGCGAAGGAAGUGCAUUGGCAUCCUCAAAUUCCUGGUACACUGGUUGCUACCGGACAGGAGUUUAGUGUCUUCAUGCCUAUACCCGUUGUUUACGGUAUUCAUGCAAAAUAGGCAGUAAUUCGGACUGGGCAUUCGAUUCAUAAUGAAUGGCUAUCUCCCCCCGAUGCUUGAUUUUCUUCAACAGUCGUUGAGUUUGAGGGAUGCCAUCCUUUUUUCCAUCCCACCAGACUCGGUGUGGUAUUGGCGGCGCCUGUCUGCUGGAAGAGAUUAACGUCGUCCAUGGUAUCUACUCCCGUGGCGAAUUUCGGCGCGGAUACGCCUACCUCGGUAUUUUCCGACGAGCCUCUUACCGUGAAUGAGAGCGAUAGCUGGCUUGGUAUUGGUACAUAGGGCGGGAUAUAGGACGUGACGCUGACAAAAAGGUGAGGAUAUGGGGUUACGCGACAUUCAAUAUCGCCAUUGGCCAAAACAAAGGAGAGGAAUUUGCAGUAUUGAAAUGGUAGAGACGCCUAUAAGGUUCUGCUAUAUUUUCUUCACGUUUAAUGAAGUAGAAUGAAAUCUAUUUUCCAAUUCAAACCCCUACUAGGCUUUUGUGUCAAUUAUGUUUGUAAAUCGGAAUUCUAUAAAUUAUAAAUUUCGUGUAUUCAAGCCAGAGCGUGU